GACACUAUUAUAUAAGACUCCCACAACCUGGGUAUCAAGGAAUUAAACUAAUUGUUCUGCUAAAAUGACUACUUCAAGUAAUAACUUUCCGUUUGAAAUAAAAGACUUAGAUCCAGAAGAAGCAGAUGAAAUACAUAAACACUAUUUCGAAGGGUAUCAGAAUGGAUUCAUUCGAGUCGGCCCAAAGGGAUAUUUUUUCACCAACGGCAUUAAAGUAGAUAUUAAAAAUAUUUAUAACAUGCCAAUACGACCUGACGAUACUUUUGUGGUCACGUUCCCUAAAUCAGGAACGACUUGGACGCAGGAACUCGUUUGGAUGGUGGCAAACAAUUUAGACUACGAAAAAUCUGAUUCUAUGCCGCUUAAUGAACGGUUCCCAUUUCUAGAAAUGUUCAUGAUGAUAAAUAGCGACAAAACGAAGAACUAUAUGAAAGACUUCGCGAAAGGAGACGAGCGACUGUUAAAAAUUAUAGAGGAAGUGACUACUCCUGGCACCGAGUUGAUGGCGAAGGUGCCUUCGCCACGGUUCAUCAAAACGCACAUUCCCUUAUCCCUGCUGCCGCCGAAGCUGCUGGACACCGCCAAGGUGGUAUACGUGGCGCGUGACCCACGCGACGCCGCGGUCUCCUUCUACCACCACAACAAACUCUUCGCGUUCAUGGGCUUCACUGGGGACUUCAAACAGUAUUGGGAGUACUUCAUUCAGGACAAAAUUGAUUCGACUCCGUACUUCCCGCACGUUAUGGAAGCUUGGGAGCAAAGGAAUCACCCUAACUUACUGUUUCUCUUUUAUGAGGAUAUGUUGAAGGAUUUGCCGAAGGCAGUUCGACAAGUUGCCGAAUUCCUAGGCAAGACGAUGACUGAUGAGCAAGUCUCUCGUCUUUGUGACCGCCUAAAAUUCGAUAACUUCAAGAAAAACCCAACGGUUCACUACGAAGUCGGAAGGGACCUAGGGUGGAUAACUAAAAAAGAUAGUACAUUUUUUAGAAAAGGCAAAUCUGGCGACUGGCGCGAACACUUCGACGAACAGAUGGCGGCGCAGGCGCAGCGGUGGAUCGCCGACAACCUGCGCGGGACUGACCUGCGCUUCCCGACUAUAACUAGUAAUUUAGCAUCUUACAACAAAUAAACGAUUUUGGAUUAUUAA